AUCUCUAACGAUGAUUUUUUAUGGCCGCAUGAAGCAUGACCGACUAAGAGAUGAGGAUAAGUUUUACAAUUAAGCACUUCAUUGUCACACCCCUUCAACAGUUAAGCACGCUAAAUUUUUGCAUUACUAUACUCUUACCAUACGUGGUUAACCUUUUUUAAUAUUAACCUCAUUUUUUUUAAUGCAGUACGGUUUUGUUGUUUAAAUUUUGUGUAUAUUUUAUAUGGUGUCUCAUCUCUCUUGCAUUAUUGGUAUGCAACCGGCCAAAUUCAAUAAUUUAUAUCGGGAACCAUAUCCACCUACCUUAUACAGUGACCACUAAUAACAACAAUCAAAAUAGGAGGGAUUUAAUAGUAAUAUUGUGAACUGAUGGCUGAUGGUGAUCUAAAAGUGGAGCAAAAAAGAUAUGGACGAAAGGUGAUCUUCAUAGCUAGAUUUCUCUCAAUUCGAAUAGAUCUAAACACGAUUUUUAUUAUUAUUCACUUUUGGCACUCAAAUCCAUAACUUAAUACAUAGUAUUAGUUUCGAGCGUCUGGCUAGUGCAAUAAAUGAAUCAGUUGUUGUAAGCCAAGACGAUCGAUAAGUGAGUUAGGUUUAAUAUAAUGAUGACAACAAUGUGUUAGGUUCAAACAAUUUCGUAUUCUUAAAUGAAUUAGUUAUUGUAAAAAAAUGAAAAUAAAUAAUGUACUUUCGAGGAAUGAUAACAAAUAUUAAGACAAAAAGAUUAAUAGUCGUAUUGGAGAAGUUGAACAACUUUCGAACAAAGGGAUAAUAACUGUCAGAAUUAUCAUAAGAAAUAUUUUCAUUUAUCCUCUUUCAAUACAAUUUUUUUUUGAUAGACUCAUUCAAUACAAGUUAGAAAAUUAAAGAAGAGUUUUAUUGAAGCGGAGAGGCGACAGCGUGUACUAAAAGUCUAACACUGAUUAAUUGUUAGUGAAAAUCUAGCAUGUGGGUUCACUUGCUAAAAGAAAUAAUAGAGCGGCUCAUUUUGUUAUCUUCAAAUAGUACAAGGACUUAUCUAGCUAUUUAACCCAGUAUCGAAUUCUGGCCCAUGGAUCCUCUUCACUAGCGGGCUUUUUGCCUUUGGCUAUACAGUAUAGCCCUUUUGUGGGCAGAAAUGUUCGUUCUCCAUGGCGGGAAAACGGUCAAAAGCUUCGAUCCGAUGCACUUGACCUCAUCGUACGAGAAACGUAUCACAAUCUAAGCCGGUCAUCGGGUCGCCAAAAGUUCUCAAGGCCGUUCGAUUCGAUCAAAAGGAUCAAGGGGGGUAUUUUUCGCAUACCUUCGCCUAAAAUCUCAGAAUCCAAAAACCCUAGAAACCAGCUUGGUUUUCAGUAAAUGUUCUGUUAAAAUCGAUUUCAGGGUUCCCAACCGCUAGGAGGACGGGAGAUUGAAUUCAGCUUGAGACAAUUUGUCUGAUGGAGACCGGAGGCAGCAGCGAGAGCCCGGCGGAGCCGAAGAGAGGCAGAUCCCGAGCUCCGAAGAAGGCGGCAGAGAGUCUUCUCAAGCAGAAAUCGCCGGCGGAGUUCUUUGCGGAGAACAAGAACAUCGCAGGGUUCGAUAAUCCGGGGAAAUCCCUGUACACCACGGUCAGAGAGCUAGUGGAGAACUCGCUGGAUUCUGCUGAAUCCAUUUCCGAGCUCCCCGUGGUAGAGAUUACAAUUGAAGAGAUAGGGAAAAGCAAGUUCAACUCCAUGAUUGGGCUUAUUGACCGGGAGAGGGUUGAUGCAGCACUCUAUGAUGAUUACGAAACAGCAAAAGAGCGUGAGAGAAGAUUAGCGAAGGAGGCUCGUGCCCAGGAAAUUCAAGCCAAGAAUGCUGCUUCGGGAAAGAAAGUUAAGGAGCAGUCUGCUGGCAAAGGCAUGAAGGGUCGUGGUGAGGGUUCGUUUUACAGAGUGACUUGCAAGGAUAAUGGGAAAGGGAUGCCACAUGAUGACAUCCCAAAUAUGUUUGGCCGAGUUCUGUCUGGGACAAAGUAUGGCCUCAAACAGACACGUGGGAAGUUUGGUCUGGGUGCAAAAAUGGCUCUGAUUUGGUCCAAAAUGAGCACAGGGCUUCCUAUUGAAAUUUCAUCCUCAAUGAAGGGCCAGACAUAUAUGACCUUCUGCAGGCUGGACAUUGACAUCCAUAGAAAUGUACCCCAUGUUCAUGUACAUGAAAAGAGAAAGAAUGACAACAAGUGGCAUGGAGCUGAAAUUCAAGUGGUCAUUGAGGGGAAUUGGACAACUUAUCGUUCAAAGAUACUGCAUUACAUGCGGCAAAUGGCUGUUAUCACUCCUUAUGCCCAGUUUCUUUUCAGAUUUAUAUCAGAGACAUCAGAUAAAAACGUUACCAUAAAAUUUGCGCGGAGAACAGAGGUUAUGCCACCAGUUCCUCUUGAGACAAAGCACCAUCCAUCAUCUGUAGAUAUUCUGCUGAUAAAACGUCUGAUUGCCGAGACUUCCAAGCAGAAUCUUCUGCAGUUUCUUCAGCAUGAGUUUGUAAACAUCGGGAAAUCACAUGCUGAACGCUUAAUUGGGGAAAUGGGGUCAGAAUUUAGUGCCAAAAUGCCUGUUAAAUCCCUUACUGAUCAGCAGAUAGUUCGCAUACAUCAACUGUUUCGUCAAGCCAAGUUUGAUGACCCUACUGGAGAUUGUCUUAGUCCUGCAGGAGAAUAUAAUCUUCGUCUUGGAAUUAUAAAAGAGCUUCAUCCAGACAUGGUUGCUACUUAUUCGGGCAGUGCUCAGGUAUUUGAAGGACACCCAUUUAUUGUGGAAGCUGGUGUCAGUGUCGGUGGAAAGGACGUAAAGCAGGGUUUGAACAUCUUCCGUUUUGCAAAUCGCAUCCCUCUUCUGUUUGAGCAAGGUGCUGAUGUUGUGACCAGGACUGCCCUCAAGAGAAUCAACUGGGGUACUUACAAGAUAAACCAGACUCAGGACAAAAUAGGCGUCUUUGUAAGCAUUGUCAGCACAAAAAUCCCCUUCAAAGGCACUGGUAAGGAAUACAUUGGAGACGACAUCAAGGAGAUUGCUACUGCUGUCAAGUCAGCCAUUCAGCAGUGCUGCAAUCAGCUGAAAUCAAAGAUCAUCAAGAAACUGCAGGCACGCGAGCAGCAGGAGCGAAAACGCAACAUAGGCAGGUACAUCCCAGAUGCCUCAGCUGCUAUCUACGACGUCCUGCAAGCGAUGACACAGCUCCAUGCAUCGAAGAAGAGGCGAUACAACGAAGAAGACACAGACCUGGUUUCUAAGGUCGCAUCUCGUUCGAUCACCACGGCCACUCUCAAGGAGAAGCUCUCUGAGCACGUUGCGCGGGUGGACUAUGAGAUGGCGCUGGAAUACGCGACACAGAGUGGAGUGAGCGAGGAGCCUAGAGAAGACGUUUACAUCCAAGCGCUCGAGCCUGCUGCUGCUGAUGCCAAGAAGUUCCUCGACUUCCAUAGUCCCGCAUUCGUCUUCAGACUCGUCUGUUGAAAAGGAUCGUUCGAAAAAGCACAUAUUUAUAUCUUGUAUCCAUCUCGUGCUGAUCAUAAGAAAUAAUCUUAUGUUAGAAUAUAGUGCUUCAUUAGUACCAACUGUGUAUGGGAUAUAUACUAAACACUGAUAUCUUGUAUUCCAACAUUGCGUGAGUUUAUGAAUUCAUACAGGAAUAAAUCGUGUAAAGCUGU